ACCAAUGGAAUUGAAGGAUUCCGAACUGGACGUAAACAAAAACUUGAGCAUCUGUCAUGUACUCGGCGGCCUUUUAUCAUUAAUUCCUGCAGAAAAAGAUAUGAACACUAUUGAUAUUUUGGAUUUUUAAACGUUUUUAUUUAGUUUGAAGAGAUGCCUGGGAGUAAAGGGUUACGGCCAACAUCUCCAGUCCAUGUACAUGUGGAUGACGAUGUUCCGGUGCACGUCCAUGUCAAGCAGCCAAAGAAGAAAAAAGGCGGAGUUACCAGUACAAAAAAGUUCACAAAGAGUACAAUAUCAUCACGAGCUCGGAGUAAGAGCCCGUCUUCUGGACCAUGGGUUCCUCCACCGGCAAAAGCUACAAAGGGGUCCAAAGUCUCCUGGCAGGUACCGGAAGUUGAAUCUAUAGCACAGACGGGCCCCACCCACAGACUUGAGAUCCACACCCCGCGGGAUGCACUCCGUAUGGAAGACCUGAGCACGGACGAGGAAGACCGAGUUCAUAGCGAGAUGCGAACAUAUGAAAAUAAAAUUGAAAACCUCAUGAGUGAAGUGGGAACCCUCAAAAAUGAGGUUGAGUUACAGCGGACACUUCGUGAAAACGAGCGUCAAGAAGACGAAUUGAACACGUCCCGGCGUAUCCUCGAGGAACAAGAACGUGAACUAGACGACUACAGGGACGAAUUGACGCACAGUUCACGAGAAAAUAGACUUCUUAAACAAAGUAUGGGCAUUCUUAGGGACGAGGCUGAUGCUGUGAGAACUGAGGCUGACUUGUUAAAUCGUGAACGUGAGAAGGUGAUGAAGAAAUUAAUUGAAGUAGAGAUGGACGGACAAUGUGCAGCUAAACAUGCCUCGCAGCUCCGUGAUUUAGUUCGUAAAUUUAGACAGGAUACAAGGAUUUCACAAGGAGAUAGCGCUAGACUGGCCAAAACAAAGGACUUACUGUUAGAGAAGCUAGCCGACUUUGAGGCAACAAACCGCACAUUGAGACGGUUGCUAAGGGAGCAACACAAACAAGAGGCUGCGGCACUCCGACUCAGCGAGCAACGAGACAUGUUGAUAAAGAGACUUGCUGAUACAGAUAUCUCUAAUGAGCGCCUACGUUCUGAAUUACUUGACAGGGACAGAAUGAUCGCCGAAUUGCGGGUACAAAUUGAGUCAAAUCGGGAGGAAAAUUUGGCUCUGACAAAGCUGCAGAGCUCCCUCGAGUCAACGCGGGGCCAUCUACAAAAGGAACUGCGUAUGAAGGAAGCCGACUGUAAUCGGAUGGCUGUACAAGUUCGG